GGUAGCAGGAUAUGAUACUUAGCAGGCUGGGAGCCUGGUAGUUAUUUGUAUUUAUUAGGAGAUUUAGUGAGCCAUAUAAUUGGAAUUGUUUGGAUUAAAAGUGGGUAACAGCUAGGUUAAAUCUUCACUGCCUGUUGCUUUGUAUCUGAGCAGUUGAGCAUUGAUCAUGUUAGGAUGCCCUACUUCAAGUCCUAGUCCAGAGGUGAUUUCGCUUGUAACCAAUUGGUAAACCAGGAGACAAUAUCAUUUUUUGAAGUGCAUGCCAUUCAUAGGGAAAAUUAAUUUCCUUUCCAUUUAAUCCAUGGCAAGAUUGCUUAAGGUCCCCAAAAUUGAGAAAGUUGAUGAUGACUGUGCUAAGAUUUAUCUUUGUGAUGAGGCCAAAUCUAUGGAAGAUGGCAUAGCGAGGGAAAUAAAGUUGUCUUGUGAGCCUUUGCCAAAAGAUUGCGAACAGUGUCUGGAUCUUAAGACAGGGGAGUUGUACUACAUUGAUAGGAGUUGUAGCAAAAGAACAAACAGAGAUCCUCGCCCCAUUCUGAAGAAGGUCGAGAAAUACAUACAACAUGUUCUGAUAUCUUCUGGUUGUGAAAAUACAGAAGCCAAGUAUUCGGGCUCAAGUGUGUCUACUAAUAGUAGUCACACAAGCUCUGACAUGCCCAUUUUAAACAGUUUUGGAUUUAAAAAGCCUGUUGAGGGCAUUGGAAACCUGGUAAUUCUGAAAGGUUGCAGGAAAUGCCUGUCAUAUAUCUUAAUACCCAGAGAAGUUCAGAAGUGUCCUGCAUGUAAUGCUUUUUUGUUCACUGUAUGAUAGAUUCACUAGAUGCUGCCAGCUUAAGAAGGUAUUUUUCUGUAAGAACCGAACAGAAUCGAGGAAAGUGCUGUGCAAAUUUUCAGUUUGAGUUCCAGGGGACAACUUGAAUAGAAAAUUUUGGGAAGUUGAAUGACUGUACUCGGUUUUGGCAAGAUGUCUUUUAAUUGUAC